AUGGUUGCCCGAAGUAGCAAUGUGUCGUCGUGCCCCUUUCCCUUUAUUGCGGAACUCUCGGUGCCUUAUCAUGGGGGAUACCUGGGGGGUCGGUGGUGCAAACCCGUCCCUAUAGCCGUCGAGGAUGUGUCCUGCUGCAUUCCCUGUCCAAUAUCCGACUGGAGAUACACAAAAGACUUCAGUCUUGUAAUCGUAUCGUGGAUUGGAGUGUUUAUCCUCGUCCUAGCCCUAAUUUUGGGUCUCACAUUUGCUGUACUUCCGGUCGCGGCAACAUGGCGGCACUACCUCACGACCAGCCCAUUAAUCGGGUUCACUUUUAUGGCGGCAUGGCUUAUAUCUUUUUAUUGGGCCUCGUUUAUAAUCCAGCUAGGAGCAUCAAUCGACGUGUGCUACGACUCCAUCACACCGAACGAUUGGCGAACGGACAAUCGCUGUGCGGUAUCGGGGGCUCUGCUUCUUUACGGGGUUUGGGUGGUAGUAUUGAGCUGCUUCUUUCGCUCCCUCUCCCUGUACGCCCACCUAUGCUGGGAGAUCGAGCUAGGGACGAAAUUCAUGUACAUCGCCCUCGUCUGCAUCUUCGUCGGCGCAGGCGGACUCUUCCUCACGGAAUUCUUGGUCUCUGGCGUCUCCUACCAAGUCGGCAAAAUCUGCAGCAUCAACAUCGACAAAAGCACGGAAUCACUGUGGGCGCCUCUUCUCGCUGUCGCCAGCGCCUCCCUCAUCCUCCAGCUGCUCAUCAUGGCGCACUGCAUCCACCGCGUGCUGGACCCCUUCGGAAACAUGUUCAAAUUCCUCUUCACGUGUCGUCGCGCCCGUGUUCGCGCUUCCGUCGAGCUGCCCCCAGAGCUCGCCGAACAGCCUUCUGCCCGCCAGGUCUGCUCGAGGAUCCGGCGGAUUCUUCAACUGCAAUGGAGGGCGAUAGCGAUCGUGUGCCUGAUUAUCUUUCAUGUUGCGUUUCUGGCGGGGGCGCUGCUCCGCGUGGGCACGCCGGCGGAUUACUCCCUCGAGCAAGUGACCCCGUGGCUUGUGUGUUUGAUGACCUCGCAUGGCGAGAGUGAGCCGUGUUUGUCUGAGGCUUCGGGGCUAGGACCGAGCCAGGGCACGGCGCUCGCUGCGUGGAUUCUUCUGUCGCUGAGCGGUGUCUGGGGUUUCAUCUGUGUUGUCAAGUGGUCCAUGGUCCAGGGGUGGAUAGAAUGGGGGAGACGGAGGAGGAGUGCUUUUCGCGAGAGCAUGGCAUACCGGCAUAGGGCGCAAGGUCAACCCAGGGAUGUUGAGCGCGUGGUGAGUGACUGUCUCACAGUAGACACCAUGUACUCUCCUACCUCUGCGGUGCACAAGGCCCUGCGCUUUACUAGGGGGUCGAGUGUUUCCGGGGGUGCAUAUUCCUCUGAGACUCCUAAGUACUAG